AUGUGUUUAAGAAAAGGAAAGCAUGACGUCUCGAGCACAAAAAAUUCUAAACCACAAGAAUCAAAAAUACGAGAAUUAGCUUCUAGCGAAUACGCCAAUUUAGGUCCGUAUAACAUUACCCAAACAAAUUUACCAAAUAGUAAUACCGAAAAUGAAUUGUUUAGAACAAGUUCUGAUGAUUUAGUACCAGAAACAGAAAUAUUAGAAGAUUGUACUAAUAAGAAUUUAAAAACUUCUGAUAAAUUUGAUUUAGAAAAUAUGCCCGUAGUGUUUUUAAAUGAUGUUGGAAUUAAUAAUGCAAUAGAAAAUAAUGUUGAUUUUGAUCUUCCAUUGUUUGCUGACCAAGAAACUGAUUGCAGUUUAGAGUAUGAAUAUUUACAACCUAGUACAAGUGCUGGUUGUUGUAUUAAUAUUAGUGACCAACCCGUUUCUAAAGUUGAUGCUGAUUAUGUCCCUAGUAGCGAGUCCGAGACCAACAGCGACGACGAUAAUUCCUUUAAUAAUGCUUACAUGGACAAUUCUUACAAGAAUAUCGACGCCGACUUUCAAGGUGAAGAAAUUGAAAAUGCCGAUGGUCAAGAGAACAACAAUGAGGCUGAAUGGGGAGAUAUGACCGAAGGGCGAAAAAGAAAAAAUAUAGCUGAUAAAAGCGAAUGGAAAAGAAAUAAAAAUCAAAUGCUUAGAAUGAAAGGCGAAGAUUAUGUAGGCUUUUCUCGGGACAAAAACAAAAACUUUAAACAUAAUAUUCCUCGGGCGGCAAGGAAAAUUGGAGAACCCUGCGUGUCAAAAAUGUGUAUAAAAUCUAAGAAAAGGUUCUGCAAUACUUUUAGUGAACAGAUUAGAAAAGAAAUAUUUGCUAACUUUUGGAAAAAGAUGACGUGGGAUCAGAGGAAAUUGUUUGUGUCUGGACAUGUGAGCCUUCAAUCUACAUCCAGAAAAACGAGGGAAAGUGAAGGUAGUAGACGGGAAAAUACCAUGGUUUAUAAACUUCACAAUGGUAAAGAGUUAGUUCAAGUAUGCCGUAAGUCAUUCCUUAAUACCAUAGGUUUAGGGAGAUUCACGAUAGAGAGCUGGAUAAAAAAUAGUGUGUAUAACAUGAACGAGUCAAAAUGCGAGCAAAACAAACGACGUAAAAAUAGAAAUUACAGGGUAAAUGCUUUUGAAGAAAGCAAAGCUUUUAUGAGUUGGUUUUUUGAUGAACUUCCCAAACAGCCUUCCCAUUAUACAAGAAAGGAUAGCAACAAAUUAUAUUUAGAACAACAUUUUACUACACUAAAGCAGUUGCAUAAUUUUUAUAAGGAAACCUGUAUCAAAGAAGAUAAACAAUUUCUUAGUCCUCAAACAUUUAAACUAAUGUUUAAAGAAAAGAACCUUAGUUUAUUUUCGCCAAAAAAAGAUCGUUGUGAUGUGUGUAUUGAAUAUGAGAAUAAAAAUAUUGAUGAAAAUCUAUGGAAAAAACACAUUGAUGACAAGGGAAUGGCUAGAAAAGAACAGUCUAAUGACAAGGCUAAGGCAUUAAAAAAAGAAUGUAUUUUAUUAUGUAUGGAUCUACAAGCAGUGAAAGUCGCUCCAUCCCUAAAUGCGACCAAAAUAUAUUUUAAGACAAAACUGAGCUGCCACAACUUUACCGUUUAUAAUUCUGCUAGUCACCAUGUUACUUGUUACUGGUUCACUGAAAUUGAUUGCGGACUACAGGCCUCCACGUUUGUUUCAUGUGUGCUUGAUUAUUUAGAGAGGCAUUGCUUAGGACAUAAUCUACCAAUUAUAAUUUAUUCUGACGGAUGCACAUUCCAAAAUAGAAAUAAUAUUUUGUCAAAUGCCUUAUUAAACUUUGCAAUUAUGCACAGAAUCUCUAUUACUCAAAAAUACCUAACUAAAGGUCACACGCAAAUGGAGUGUGAUUCUGUGCAUAGUUGCAUAGAACGAAAAUUAAGGAAUAGGGUAAUUGAAUUGCCUAGUGACUAUGUUAAAGCAUCAAUGGAAGCCAGAAUAAAACCUGAGCCAUAUGAAGUCACUCAGCUAAGACACACAUUUUUUAACGAUUACAGUUUAUCAGAAAGCCAUCGUUAUUCCACUAUAAGACCAGGCAGAGAUAAUCUUGUAACAGACAUUAAGGCUCUAUAUUACGACACCAACGGUGAAAUAAAAGUGAAGCUUGAUUUUAGCUUAGAAUUUCAGAAUCUUCCAUGCAGACCAAAACAAAUGACUCCUAUUUUGAACUAUCCUAAGCUCUACAAAGAACGCUUGCCAAUUACACAGAAAAAAUGGAAACACCUCCAAGAAUUGAAAAGUGUUAUAUCCCAAGAGUGUCACUUAUUUUAUGACAAUCUACCAUACAUACAAGAUCGUACUGGAAAAAAUAUUGAAAAUCCAAAUGGAAAUAGUAUACAAGAAAUCAAAAAUUCAAAAUCUCGGGCCAAGCAAGUACAACCCAAAAAAAGGCGAAACUAA